UAAGUGCUCAGACUCUCUUGGGUUUGUUUUGUUGUUUUGUUUUUUGUUCUCUUGAAGAUUGUGUUCUUACUGUUGUUUUAGCAGGACAUGGUACAAUUAAAUAACACUAUGAGCACCUGUCAGUCAAGAUUAAUGAAGAUAAACAGCUGUGACUACUAAAUUAAAAUCUCUGUAGGAGAGGAAUGGGAAAUGAUGCAGAACAGCAGUGGCAUUGGAAGAAAAGCAUGUUGAGAUGGACCUGAAGUGGAAUCCUGACAGAGUUUCUCAUCCAGGCUCAUCUGAAGACCAGGAAACUGAUUUGAAUUGGCAAGGCAACACAAAUCCCAGUCUGCUGAUUAAAGAUGAUGGAGAGCUGCUUAUGGAUGAACAUCUUUCCCCCAGGAAACUGAAAAUUUUGGCAGGGGUAGAUGAUCUGCAGCAAGUGAAGGCCCUAGAGAUGCGAGUAGACACCAGAGAGAUGAGCUUGGGAAACUUUGGUGUGCAUCUGCCUAAUCUGAGAGAACUGAAGUUGAACAAUAGCUUGCUUGUAUCUGUGAGGGAUCUUGGAACAUCAUUGUCCCACCUCCGUGUCCUGUGGAUGGCUCGGUGUGGGCUCUCAGAUUUAGAUGGGAUCUCUUCCUGCGGCUCUCUAAAAGAACUCUACAUUGCUUACAACAAUAUCUCUGACCUGAGCCAGCUGACCUGGCUGGAUCACCUGGAGGUUUUGGACCUGGAAGGGAACAAUAUUGAGGACAUCAACCAGGUGCAGUACCUGCGACUUUGUUGCAAGCUAAGCCACCUGACAGUGGAGGGCAACCUUAUUUGCCUGAAGCCAAAUGCAGAAUCUGCAGAGGACCCAGACUAUAAUUACAGAGCAGAAGUAAAAAAACUCAUUCCCCACCUGAAGUAUUUGGAUGGGAUACCAGCAAGCCAGACUACUCUCCUUCCUUCCAAGAAGGUGCAUGAAGAUUCUCUAAUCAUCAAGGAAUCCAUCAAGGAAGGUGGUUUAGCCAAAGACAUUUCAUGGUUAGAUCCGUAUCUGGGGGAAGUAGCAAAGCGGUCUGGAUGCAGCCCAAAACCCCCAACAAAUUCCAGACCUGGAAAUGUACAGUGUUCUGCUAAUGCAGGGAUUUCUAGUGAUGCCAGCCUCUUGGCCAGUGGCUGUCCUCUUCCAGAUCCCACUGUUUUUCCUGAUAAGCUGUUCACAAAAGACGACUCUAGUGAUUUGACACAUGGACUCUGUCAGGUUAUUUGUGGGAACCCCGCCAAGGCCCUUCAUGUGAGGAAGCAAAAGCUAGGUCCACCUGCUGUGAGCCCUUUGAAGCUGUCUGGUCUGACAACAGAAGAUCUUUCUGGCUCUGAAGGAGGAAGAGAUCUGCCUCAGGAAAAGGUGUCCUCUGACCUGGGAGCAUGGACAGAGCAGCACAGGGGGUGCCUGCAAACAGGUCAGCAAGAACAAGCCAGCCAAUCAUUGAAGGUGAAUAAAGGUGAAGACUGGAGCCUGACUGACAGCUUAGAAAAUGAGUCGAGGGAGGCCUGCGAUGAGGACCUCAUUGAAAAGAUUUCACUUGACCCUUCUUCCCACUCCUCCUCAGGUUCAUCACAGGCUCAGGAGGGUGCAGUGUUCUCCAACACAAAACGUUAUCUAAUUCCAUCCCCUCCAAAAAACCCUUCACCUGCCUCUGCAGUGGAUGUUGCAGCAAGACCCUGGAAAACAAGAAGUCAUAGGGGCAUAAAAAUACCCAGCCAAGAGGAGGACAGACAAUGUUCACAGAAAUGCCAGUCAAAGGCUCAUCAAGAGAAUUCAGCCCAGCCUCUGGGCAAAGAGCCUGCUCUCCUGGGCCUGCACAGCAUGAUGGCUGCCUCUGGAUCCCAAGGGCAGUGCCAGCCUGUGGGCUGCACCAGCCAGCCAAGGCCCAUUCCAGGACCAGCAGCCAUUGGGUCACCAAGGAUCAGGCCCAUCAUGGAUGAGAGCCCUUCUAAAGAGAUCAACCACCAGCAUCCAGCUGCCUGCUCAUCCACAAAAGCCUCGCAGAGGUUUAGGCCAAUGAAUUCUGCUUGGCCCCUGACUGCCACGUCCAUUCUGCAGUCAUUGCCACAUAAAUCCACUGCCACAAAAACAUCUCAGAACAGAAGUCCUCAGUCCUAGAAGGUACCCAGUUGCCAGCAUGUAUUGGAGCCAUGUACACAGUGCAGCCGUGAAGGAUCAAUGCUGUCUUGCAGCUUCUUCUGCAAGCUAAACACAGAGCAAUUCAAACAAUUAAUGUGAUUUGCCUCAAUUCAGGAUACAGCUGGUCCAGAAAUAUUUUAAGAGCAACCACUGAUCAACCAAUGAGCUAAUGAAUGUCUUAUUACAGAAAAA